GUAUUUGUUAAUUAAAUGUUUGCAAAACUAUGCCACGACAAAAAUAUUAAAUUUGAGCGCAAAAAAGAAGUUUAACCAUCAUGGAAAAGCGACAACGUGAGCUAGAGGCGCUGGUGACAACGCAAAAGGAGCAAUUAUCGCGUUACGAAAAGCGUCUAAAGGACGUGGUCACCGCAUACAAGGGAUUGCUUAAAGAAAAAGAGGCGUUGGAAACAAGCUUGGCGGCGCAUGCAGAAGCUACUGGUGUCAAGGAUGUGGGUGACGCAAGUGUAAGCAAACAGAAUGUAGAUGGAGAAGGCGCUACUGCCACUGGUUCUGUAGCUGCUAACGACACUGUUAGCAGCGAUGACAAGGGCCAGCUGCAGACACAAAUCAUAACGCUAAUGAACUCAUUAGCCACGCUGUCUGCGGAAAAGUCACGCAUGGAGGCUUCAUUCCAGGCGGACAAGAAGCAACUGCGUGCGCAAAUAGCACAAAAAGAGCAGCAAAUACAGGAGUCCUUAAAUAAGGCUAAGGAGCAGGCUGCGCGUGCCAAAAACGAUGUGGAUGAAGUCAAAGCGAAGUGGAUAAUUGAACGGCAAGAGCGCGAGAAGGAGACUAACAAUCAAAUGAUUAUGUUGCGGGAACUUCAAAAGCUUUACGCCGACGAGCGGCAUCUCAAAGAGAACAUUGAAAUGCAACUUAAUAACUUUAAGACACAAUUUGCCAGCAAUGAGGCCGAGAACACGCGAAUGCGUGAGCUGCAGUUGCAGCUAAAAGAGGCCACAGCGCAGCUUAAACAAUGUCAAACCAAACUGGAGAGAAACAAUGCUACGGAUAAUGCGGACAGUGGUGGUGUGCUGCAGCAGGUGCGCCAGGAGAUGCAACAACUGAAGGAGCAACAUGCUGUGGCCAUCAAACAGGAGCAAAGACGUGUGCUGCGUGCCGAGGAGCAGAGUCGCCGCCAAGCGUCCCUACAUGAGCAACGUGUGGCCAAUUUGGAGGCACGCCUAGCCGAGCUAAGCAGCACUGUAGGCAACUAUGAUCGCUUGCGCCAGCAGGAUCAGCAUAGCAUACAUGCGCUCAAGCAGCAGCUACAUGAGCUGGAGGCAUGCCAAAGCAGAGCAGCGCCUGCGCCGCUUGCGCUAAGCGACAACGAGCCAGACAUAAGCGCACUGGUGGACGAGUUAGUGCGUUUAAAGAAGCUGCUUAUAAGCGCCAAUGCACGUUCUUCCAAUCCGAUGGAUCUGAGCCAUGUGCUGGGUCAUGUGGGUAGCGUGGAUAGUCACGUCAAGUGCGAGCAGCAGUUGCAGAGCCUGCAAAAACUGCUGGAGGAAUCAAAGCAGCAACGCAUGCUGCUGGAGCAAACUAUACAACGACAACAGGCGCAUAUACAAACGCUGCAGGACAAGGUGCAAGUGCUUAAUCAUAAUAUAGACGCUGCCGAGGAGGAGCUCAAGCAGCAAAGCGACAAGAUGCGCUACGCGUUAAAGCAAGAGCGCACCAAGUGGCAGGAAGCCAAGGCUGAGCUGGAGAAUGAAACACGCUGUAAACUAAACGAACUGGAGCAACUGCUGCAAAAGCAACGUCAACGUUCGCUGCAGCUGCUGGACGAAAAGGAGCAGGAGAUAAAAACGCUGCAAACCUCCUUUGAGGUAUUCCACAGACCCAGUGUAACGACACUAGACACCGCCGAGGCUGUAGCCUACUCCUCCGAUGCAGACAGCAAUGAUGUGGAAGAGUCUGACCGUGAACGUGAACGCGCCAAGCUUAAGCUGAAGCCCAAGAAACUGUCGCUGGGCGAGAAUUGUCACAUGCUGCACUAUGCCAAUGAACUGGCACGCAAGGAUAUUGAAAUUGCUGCUCUGCGUAAAUCCAAAUACAGUGCCGAGUGCACGCUGCGCAAGGCCAUACAGGAUAAGGUGACCGCACAGCAGGAGAUGCAUGGCAAGAUUGAGUGCCUCGAAGAGCAAGUGGACAGGCUGGAACGCUGUCAGACACGUGAGGGCGCUAAUCUGGAGUACCUGAAAAAUGUCAUUAUUAGCUUCAUUGUUACACGGGAUGCUGAAGGCAAGCGGCAUAUGCUGAAUGCCAUUAGCGCCGUGCUGCAGUUCACCAGUGCCGAGAUGCAAACCAUUAAUACAACAUUCCAGAAAAAAUAAUUCAGAAGUUGUCUAACAAAAAUAAUUAAA